AUGGCUAAGAAUACUUCCAGUUCCGCAUUUCGAAAAAUUGACAUUGAUCAAUACAACGAGGAUAACUUCAAAGAAGACGAAUCCGAACAAUCCAUACCAACUGGUCCUGAUGAGGGAGAAGUCUGUGCAUUACUCAAUCAAUAUCGCUUUGUUGAAGCCCUUAAACAUGUUUUGAACAAUGCUCCCCUGGGAUCGUCGAAUCAGCAAAUUAAAGAUAACGCACUUACUCUGACAUUGAAAGUCCUACUCGCAAUAAAGUCUGCGCAGAUCGAAGAGGCCGUUGGUACUUUAUCACAAGAUGAUAUAGACAUUUUGAUGAAAUACAUUUAUAGAGGAUUUGAAUAUCCAUCAGAAGGAUCAAGCGGGCACCUUUUGCUAUGGCACGAGAAGGCUUUUAACAUUGGCGGUUCCGGUUCUAUUGUCAGGGUCUUAUCCGACAGAAUGACAGUUUAAAUUCUUACCAAAUAUUAUACGCAUUAUAAUUUAUUUAAUAAACUUUUCAUUA